GGUUUUUGUCGUUCAGUUCUUCGUCGGACUACAGUGAUGUACAAAACGUUCUGAAAUUAACUAAGGGCGAAAUUAAUAAAUAUGGCCACCAAGCUAAGGAUUUUAUAAUACAGUGUUCUUUCGAUGGGAUUACAUGUGACUAUAGAGAUUUUCAUGUCUUUCAAAAUGACGAAUAUGGAAACUGUUUCACAUUCAACAGUGGGAUUCAAAAUGGUGAAUUGAUCAAGAAUUCAAACAGACCAGGAGCAAGAUAUGGACUCAAGUUGACUUUAUUCAUUGAGCAAGAUGAGUAUAUUCCUUUAUAUGGACAGGAGGCCGGGGUGCGUGUUCUGAUACAUCCUUCUGACAUCACACCGUUCCCAGAAGACGAAGGAAUAACUGUGGCACCAGGACUGAAAACAUCAAUUGGCCUGCGUCAAGAGGGAAUCCAACAACCAAGUACACCAUACACAAAUUGUAGUGACAACCAAGUUUUUGAUACUAUAUACGGCAAUGGUUAUACAUACUCAGAUUUGGCAUGCCACAAAACAAUGAUGCACAUACACAUCCGUCAGGAAUGCCAGUGUGUUGAUACAAUACAUGUGGAUGGUACUAGAUGCAAGAUAACAUUAGAAGAGCAAG